UACCUCUUGGUAUUGUGUUAUCGGUAAUUUUUGGUAUAGCCCUUCCUCAACCGGCAGUUUACUUGAAUGAAAAGAUUCCUCUUGGAACAAUUUGUGUCGUUUGCUUAUUUACAACGAUAGGAUUGCGUUUACGGGUCAGCGAAGCAAAGUCUGCAAUCAAGUCGUACAAAGAAAUUGUGAUUGGAUUGAUUUUAAUCUUAUUUCUUGUACCGUUUUCCGUAGUGAAUAGCUUAAAUGAAAUUCCUUACUUUUCUGCAUUAAUUGGACAGCAAACAAACUCCAGAAACGCUUCAAACAUGAGCAGUUAUGAAAUGAAGAUUUUGGGACCUGAAGAAUUUCGAAUUGGUUUACAAAUUUAUUUCAUGUCACCAUCAGCCCCUGCAUCAUCACUCAUUUUGGUUACUGCUGCAAAUGCUCAUCGUGGAUUGUGCGCCAUGUUAUCAAUUCUUGGUGUAUUUAUAUCAAUCUUUACAAUGUCUUCAACACUUUCAUUGUUUUUACCGACAUUAAAUGCUCAGUUAUCUGUUACUAAUUUAUUGAUCAGAAACGUUUUGCGAAUUUUUACUCCUUUGGUGGUUGGAAGAUCAGUGCGUUGUAUUCCUGCAGCGCGAAAAAUCAUAAAGUCCUGGAAUGAUGCUUUGAAAUAUGUUGGAAUAACUUGCAUAAUACUUCUCCUCCAUGUCAGAAUCAGUGAGACCAGUAACAGUGGACAUUUUGAAAAAGUUGAUACUCUCAAUGUUUUUUGUAACUUGUGUCUUGCUAAUGCGUUUGUUUUGAUUAUUUUGAUAACAACCUAUUUGGCUCUUUUAUCAUUGCCUUUCGUUCCAAAAAAAUCAUCCAUAACACUGAGUGUUAUGAACUGUAUUCGAGUUGUUGGUAUGUCAGCAUCAAUAGUUGAUUCAUUGCCACCAGAAGUGGGAGAUAAAGGUCUGAUUAUCUUACCAAUGGGUUUCAUUUACAUGACAACACUUUUAUUGUUGAAUGCAUUUGUACAUUUUGUGAAGAUUGAAGAAGAGGAAAACGAUAAAUUUAAUGAAGAGACGAAAGAUGAACUAACAGAAUCGGUCAACAGUUCUGCAUUUACCAUGUAUACUGAUAAUGAGAUUUGAAAUUGAAGUUCAUAUAACUAGUUUUAUUUUGAUUAUAAUUUCAUCAAAUGAAUGUUUGCACAUGCGCCGACAAGUAAAGUUGAUACUUUGGCGGAUUUUAUUUGAAUAACUAUUUAUAGCUUUUCUUAAAUAACAAACUACUAGUAUAUAGUUACAUGGUAAGCUCAACUUAUUGUAAGUGCGUGUAAUAAUUGAAUUUUGCUUAACAUGUUGAAGUCAAU